AGCAUAACGUCGUCCACAGUGUCUACUUACCGCCAACCACCUCAACCUAAUUACCAUAAAGUUCCCAUAGCUUUUCUUUCAGGGCCGAAUUUCCUACUACUUGAAAAUCACCUUUGCUGGUCUAUAUCUACUCUCAGCACCCAUCUUGGUUGGAGCUUUUCUCCUUUACUGGAAACAAUGUAUUACCUGGGCUUAUGAUGUCUUUGCCAUAUGCGAGUACUGCGGGGUAUUCCUUAAUAUAUGUUUUCAUGGCUGCGCAUUCUUCGACAUUCGCUACAAGGUUUGCUUCAGACAAACUAAAAUCGACCAUGUUCUCCUGAGAAAAUGGUCCGGCAAACUUGUAACAACAAACUCCCCGGCGAAGAGUUGGUUGCGCAGCCUACUGGUCUUCCAAACCGUCAAGCAAAAGUCCAAUAUACUACGAACAGCGUAG